CACAAUUGGAGAGAUUAGGACUGAUGCGCUACUUAAAAAAGUUACUAAUAAGGCGACUCCAAGGGACUCGCAGCAGCAGCAGCAGCAUGCAUAAGCAACAAGUAGAGGCGACUCCAAUUUGUUCAGCGGAGUCGCUGAAUGCCUUAAAGCUGGCGGAACAAUGCCUGCAGUUGGGCAAGGUGAUUGCGUUGCCCACAGAUACAGUUUAUGGCUUAGCAUGUGAUGCCAACAACGAGCAGGCCAUACAGCGUCUAUACGAGAUCAAAGGAAGAGACGAACACAAACCGGUGGCCAUUUGUGUGAACAAUAUUACUGCGUUGCGUCGCUAUGGUCAGGCGAGCCACUUGAGUGACGAGCUGCUAACUCGGCUGCUUCCGGGGCCACUGACCAUUAUCGUUGAGCGUACGCCUCAUCUGAGCAAUCGCUAUUUAAACCCGAGCACCAGCAAAAUCGGCAUACGCAUACCCGACUUCCAGUUCAUCCGGGACUUGUGUGCUAGGUGGCACGAGCAGCCCUUGGCGUUGACGAGCGCAAAUCGUUCCAGUGCACCCAGUAGUCUGGAAAUCAUCGAAUUCCAAGCGCUUUGGCCGCAGCUGGGUGCCAUCUUUGAUGCCGGUCGCAUUGGACAGACAGAGGAGCGACGGCUGGCCUCUACAGUCAUUGACUUGGCCGAACCAGGCUGUUAUCAAAUCGUACGCGCUGGAGUGGCUCUCAAACAGACACUUUCAGUGCUGCACGAAUUCGGCUAUGUUAACCAAAAUCUAAUUACAUAAACAAUAAUCAGGGAUCAGAACUAAAAAAUACCAACUGUUAACAAGAGCUCAAAAUCCGCUAAGCUAUGUAAUGCAAAAUUUCCAACCAUUUUCAUUUCUAAUUAGAAUUUGCAGCGACCGCGCAUUAUGUCAUAUUAAAUGUAAUGGUAUCUAGUUUAUUAAGAUUUAUAGUCCUACAGCAUUAAAAAUUUUGAAAUAGUAUUUUUGCGUAAAGGAACGAUACCAAUUGAACACAAAACCGAUAUUAAAAUAUAUAUAUGUACAAACAGUA